AUGAAAGCGAAAAUGCUGUCACAAACUUUCAUGCUUCGAGCCGUUGGUCCUUUGACUCUUCUCGUCGCUUCAGUGAGUGCAGAAAGUCCGACGUGUUUAGCCCGUCCAACACCGGCGGAAGAGAGGACAAACAUCACCAUAGGUGAUUUUUCUAUGCCGAUUGGCAUAGCGUCCGGAGACUGGCAAUUUAAUCUCAUCCUUGCGGAUCUCGUUGCAAUACUGCUAGAGGAAGUGCUGGGAUAUAAUGUUGCGAAAGUCGUGACAGGGUCAGAGCUGCAAAAGCUGCUCAGUGUGGCUGGCUGCUCGAUGGCUUUUACUGGUAUCAAUUGUGCCUAUCCAUCUUUCUAUCACAUUGCUCUGGAGGUCAUGGAAAUUCAUACCACCUUGUCGGAAUGGUCUACAGCUGUGGAUCAGCUGGGGGAUCUAGCCCCAAAGGACUUGGGAACCUUGGGCUAUGAAGGCUAUGAAGGGAUGUUCAUCUUCGAGGAGCCUCGCAAGAAGUGUCUCGAGGAAACCGGCUUAGACUUGUCCUACUUCUUUUCAUUCAAUGCUUCCUGGUUCCAUCCGGAGAACUACUUGGCUACCAUCGGUUCAGUUGACAUGGACCAACUACUCCCUUGCUCUGAAAGCCUCUACGUGGAGUGGCCGGAUCUUGGAAACCAGUACCUCAGUGCAACUGGGGACUCAGAUUCCGUGGAGUUUGUGAAUGGCGUUGCUCGGCUUAAGUGCUGGGAAGAGAAGUGGUGGCUGGCACCUGCUUGCAGAUCCAACGCUUCCAGAUGCAUUGCGGUCGUGACUGGGCCAGAGGCGUGGGGGAUGCCUUAUAUGGUGCAGCAAGCAGCCUUUCACAACAUGCCUCUUGCAAUCGCAUCAGCCUUGGAUACUCCUACCUACGAGGAGAUAAAUCGCAAGCUCCAGUCCGUGUUCUACUGGUGGAGUCCCGACCCCUCGUUCGCAGCCUUCGAAACCAGAGCUGUUGUUUUCCCGCCCCACAACGCUGCCGAACACAGGCAGGGAAUCUACAAGACCCAGCCGAGCACGGAGCCAGUACUGAAAUUGGUUUCCUCUGGCUUGGAAACCUCUGCGCGCCGGGCUUACCGUCUCCUUGAAAACAUGCAGAUCAAGGACAGCGAUGUAUCGGAUUUGCUGCGGUUUCACGUGCAGUCGGGCUCCAACCCCCGGCUGACUGCAUGCGAAUGGCUCCGCGCUUCCCAAGACCAAUGGACAAAUUGGAUACCCUCGAAGACAGAAUGCCUGGUCAGUAAAGGCUUGGUCAACGUGGCUGGUGACUUUGUCACUUCUACGACCAAUGCCGCGGAUUGUGCCACUUGCCCACCUGGGCGAGCAUCGGUGAAGUUUGAGAGGACCUUCCUCUGCUCCAACUGCACGGUUGGAUCCUAUCAGAACGCCUGGGGUUCGACGACGUGUUUCUCCUGCGAGCCGGGCACUGUGGCAGCGGAGCCCGGCACGACGCAGUGCAGCCUUUGCAGGUUGGGAGAGUUUGCCAACAGCUCCGGCAUGAGCAAGUGUUUCCGCUGCAGUGCCGACGCAGGUUCUGGUCAGGAAGAGUUCUGGACUACCAGCCAAGAAGUCACAACCGACUCGGGGAGCCAGAUUAUUCAGCUCCAGGGGGCCGCCUCGCCGUCUCUUUGCACAUGUGCAUCGGGAAGCUUCUUGUGGGAGGGCCGAUGUUGGUCGUGCCCUCGUGGAACGCUGUGUCCUGGUUCCAACCAGUUGGAACUUCGCCCCGGCUAUUUCUCAUCGCCCGAGGAGCCAGCUGAAGUUUACAUCUGCGAGGAGAAUGCUUGCCCAGGCGGGCCCCCAGGAAGCUGUGCUGAACACCGUGAUGUUCAUAGCCUGGCCUGCUCCUUGUGCCUAAGUGGUCAUCAUCCACGGCGAGAUGGUACUUGUCACAUGUGCCACAACUCUGACUACCUUCUGUUGCUGUCCCUUCCAUUCCUUGCUUUCAUUGGCAUUGCAGCGCUCUACAUCACUUUGCUGAAGGAGGCCAAAGCCAAGCAGAGUCGUCACGUGCUGGUGGUCGUCUUUAGCCUUACACAGUUCCUGGUCUGGCUCCAGAUGCUGUCCGUGAUCAAAAGGUUCAACAUUGACUGGGCCGACCCGCUCAAGGGCUUUUUGCUCGUCUCGGAGGUGCUGAGCCUCAACGUCGAAGUCGUCAGCUUUAGCUGUCUCACCAGGUCUCCGGUAGAGACCUUUCUCCUCCGCGCACUCUUCAUGCCGGUCCUGGCGCUGAUUGCUUCCGCGGUUUUCGGAGCUCACAAGGCUGGAGCCCAGGUCCUCGUGGCUUUGGUUGGCUUCGACCUCAGGCAGCUAGACCUCAGGCAUCUCCUGCGAACGAUUGGAAGCCUCUUCUUGCUAUUGUUCAUCAUUCUCUUCACCAUGCUGCUGGCUCCUUUCAGGUGCAAAGAGCACCCCAAUGGGAGGUUUACAGUUCAAGGUUAUCCUUCAGUGCACUGCGAUGGGCAACACGAACACCUCCAGAUGUUCGUCAUCGGAGGUUUGGCUUGCCUCAUGCCGAUCUCCUUUCUGGCAGCUUGCAUUUGGCUUGUGACCGUGGAGCUUCCCAGACGUGUGGUUCAAUCAGACGCCUGCUUCGUGAGGGCCUGCUCCUUCUUGAUCAUACGCUUCCGUCCGGGUGCAGAGCUCUUUGCUGUGGUGCUGCUGGUGCGAAAUACCCUGGUGGCGCUUUGUCCAAUGUUGGCCGCGCAGUCGACAAAGCUCAUGAUGAUGAGCCUGGUUCUCUACGUGAACCUGCUUCUGGUGGCAUUGCUGCGGCCUUGGCGAUUCGCCGUCUGUAAUUCCUCCGACAUGGCCAUUCUGCUUGGUAUGCUGGUAAUCCUGGACAUGGGUGCUGUCACGGUCCAAGACAGAGACAGGACAGCCACGGCCCAGAUCGUGAUUGUUUUCAUCUCACUGAUGUUCCUUGCUUCGCUCGGGACGCUUUGCGUGGGAAUGUCCCGCUGCCUUGAGCAGAAGUUCCGCAAGCGCUUCAAGUUCUUCCUCUGUCACCACAAGCGCGACGCGGGGGCCAUGGCUCGGUUGCUGAAGAUGGAGCUGGAACGGAGGCUGCCUGGCACCCGGGCCUUCAUCGACUGCGAUGACCUCAGUGACCUAACCCAGUUGUUCAGCUACGUGGCCCAGGAUACCGAGUCCUUUGUGAUUCUCGGUACAAAGGAGGUCUUCCUUCGAAAGUGGUGCGUCGGUGAGAUGGUUACCGCUCGAGCCAGUGGCGUCAGAAGCUUGCUGUUGGAAUGGCCUGACUGGAGGCCGCCUGAGGAGGCUUUCAUAGAGAGUGUCGACAGCGCGGUGCCAGAUAUUCACGAGCUGGUAAGGUUUGGGAUUGGCUUGGCCGAUGUCCAGGACACCUUCAGGCAGUUGACUUCGGUGAAGAAGGUCCGCCUCCCUGGGCAGCUCAACCCUGCACACAUGGCUGAGAUGAUCGAUUCUGUCAUCGGCAUUGGCCAGAAAGGACCUCGAUCAAGCAGCAGAGGUGGGUCUUCUGAGUUUCCCCUGUUGGUGGAUCCCGAUAACCUGGAAGCCGUGGCAUCCGCUCUGGUUCUCUCCACGCUGCUGAAGCCACUUCUCUUGGGCACACAGAUGCCCGUUCCCUCGGUGCUCUUGAAAGGCUCCAGAGUCGCGGUAUCCACCAAGAUGUCUCUGAUGCUGUGCAGCGAGAAUUGUUUCAGAUCCGAGCACGUCCAAGAAUGGCUACUUCAAGCCUACCAGGCACCAUCAUGUUGCAUGAUCCCAGUGCUUGCUGAGGAUAGUUUUCGAGUGCCUGCCGCCAGUUCCGUGUCGACAGAGUUUCCCGAAUCGGCCUUGGAUAUAGACGACCUACAUUUGUAUGGCGUACUCAUCCGUGUCUUGUUUCAAGACAUUGCCGUCAUCUUCCUUCCGCAGAGCUUCAGCCGUGAGGAUCUCGACCUCCGAGCUCAACAAGCCGCGCGGAGGCUUAGUGCACCACAGGAGACUUUAAAAAGCAAAGUCUUCCGCUUCAUGGACAGCUCUGAUGCACCCACCGUGAAACGGUGGACAGAAGUGCUUCUCAGCGCUGAGGACAAUGACACGUCAUAA